AUGAAUGUCACCGAGACAUCUGUGAAAAACUGGCUGGACACAAAAUCCUACAACAGCAACGACGAGAGCGAAAAGAUCGAUAGCACGAAAAGCGUCAUUACAUUGAGUGACGAUCAAUCGAGCUUCAGCCCUCAAGUGUGGGAUCUCCGCUGGUUCGCCAUUCUCAGUGCUCCCUUAUUGUUUGGCACCAUCAUCCUACCCCUCAUCACCGGUCCAGUUCUUCGAUAUGUAUGGACAUCAUACAUCCGUCUUCGAUCAUACUGGCGUCUGAGUUUGGUCCUCCUUGCAAUCAUAUGGCCUGCAUUGUAUUACGGUCUCACCUACGGCUAUGACGACACUGAGGUAACGUUUUUCCUCGACAUGUUAUUGCUGUCUUGCGCUACCUCACAGCCCGAAAAUGGUGGAGCAACCAUAAAGCUUUUCAAGCGCAACAUUCGCGUUCAAAGUUUCAAUAAAGCAUCAAUAGGGACCCACAAAGCAAACAAAUCAAGACUACGUCGUAAGGCAUCUAGAUGUACUGAGAUCAAGGAAUCAUGA